AUGAGUGAAAUCGGAACGACUCAGAUCCCGACGACGGAGACUCACCGCUCGACGACGUUUCUUGAUUUGCUCCGUCGUCAGAUGAGCGGUCACGAUAGCACCAGGAGAAAGCGGAGUUUGAAAGAACGGUUGAGAUUCAAAUGCAUCGGAUGCUGUGGGCCCACCUGGGGUCUCCGUCUAACUAACAAUAACACUCACAGUCACAGUCAAACCUCGAGAGAAGACGAAGAAGAAAGCGAAACCGGAUCCGUUACCGGGUCGGAUUAUGGAUCGGGUACGGGUAUGAAUCUCGCGACGGCGUUAGAGGCGGAGAGAUAUAAUAAUAACGGAAGAGAAUUGACGGAGACGGAGGUUGACAUGACGCCGACGAGGAUUUCGUUGAUGAGAUUGCUAGAAGAGACGGCGGAGAGAGUAGUCGUUGACGACGGAAAAGAGACGGAGAUGUUAACGGCGUCUAUGGGGACGUUAACGGGUAAUGAUUCGGUGUGUUGCGUGUGUAUGGGAAGAAUGAAAGGAGCGGCUUUUAUCCCAUGUGGACACACUUUUUGCAGAGUGUGCUCCAGAGAAUUGUGGCUUAACCGAGGAUCGUGUCCUCUUUGUAACCGUCCGAUCUUAGAGAUCCUCGAUAUAUUUUGA